AUGGACGGGGCCGCGGUCCCCGCUCGGCCCUCGGGGCUCUCCGCGUACGUGGCCGUGUCGCAGGCGCUGGGGCUGACGCUGCUGCUCAGCACCGGGGCCUGGCUCGGCCGGUACCGCGGCGGCCUGGGCUGGCACAGCGCCCUGCAGAUCAACGUGCACCCGCUCUGCAUGGUGCUGGGCAUGGUCUUCCUCCAGGGUGACGCUCUCCUCGUGUACCGGGUGUUCAGGAACGAACCCAAGCGAUCCACCAAGGCACUGCAUGCACUGCUCCAUGGCUUGGCGCUGCUCAUCGCCCUCGUUGGCAUCAUCGCUGUGUUCGAGUCCCACCGGGCCAAGGGCAUCCCCAACAUGUACAGCCUGCACAGCUGGUGUGGGAUGGCUGCCUUCGUGCUCUACCUCCUGCAGUGGCUCCUGGGCUGUGGUUUCUUCCUGCUCCCCGGUGCCUCCUUCUCGCUGCGGGGCCGCUACAAGCCCCAGCACAUCUUCAUUGGCAUUGCUCUCUUUGCCCUCUCCAUCACCUCCUGCUUGCUGGGUAUCACCGAGAUGCUCCUCUUCAACAUCAGGGACUCCUACAGCCGCUUUGUGCCCGAGGGCGUCCUGGCCAACACCCUGGGGGUGCUGCUGGUGGCCUUCGGGCUCGUGGUGAGCUACGUCUUGACACGGGAUGAGUGGAAGCGCCCGCCCCUGGCCGAGGAAUUGGCCCUCUCCAUGGACUUCAAGACCCUGACAGAGGGGGAGAGCCCUGAUGGUGGCAGCCAGUGA